UCAUCCGCUUUACCGUCAAAACAUUAUACGUCUAUCUGCUAUACAAUUAUCCUAACAAUUUCAGGACAAGAAUGAAAGAGAAUUGCAUCCAAUGCAAUGAUGUACUGCCACAAGCUAUGCUAACAAAGGCAACCAUCGGUUAUCUAGAUUUCAAGAAUUGAUUGGCCAUACCGUAAUGUAUGAAAUAUUGGAGUUAAUGGGACAAGGAACAUUUGGGCAAGUUGUGAAGUGUAGGAACACCACCACUGGUGAGCUUGUCGCUAUUAAAGUGAUCAAAAGACAGCCUUCCUUUCACAUACAAGGGCAAAAGGAGAUGAGCAUAUUGUGCAUUUUGAGGGAGAGACUAGAUGAGAGCGACAGAUUUCUCCAGCUCCGAGACCAUUUCUUAUUCAGAGGUCAUCUGUGCGCUGUGUUCGAACUAUUGUCCAUCAGUUUACAUAAGCUAUUUAGCUUACAGCCCGGAAAGCCAUGUAUGGCAAUCACCGAUAUUCAAAUGAUAGCGUUCAACAUUUUACAAACACUAGCCUUACUGAAAGAAAUGAAGAUUAUUCAUACUGAUUUAAAGCCUGAUAACAUACUGUUAAAAAGCAAGGAGAAUGUGCACGAUGUUAAACUGAUUGAUUAUGGAUCUGCUUUAUUAGAAAGUGAUAAUUCAAACUAUUGCAUUCAAACUGCUUACUAUCGUUCACCGGAAGUUAUCUUACGGGCACCGUUCAAUUGUGCUAUUGAUAUGUGGUCUUUUGGUUGUUUUAUCGCUGAAUUGUUUUUGGGUGAGCCCCUUUUUCCAAGUGGCAAAGAAACAACGCUUAUGCAAAUGAUGGUGAAGGCUCUGCAGUAAGAUUCUUCCGCCGUGAUUCUUUGCGGUAUACUAUGCUAUAUGUCAUUGCAGUAACUGAAUUUCUGGAUUACAUAGGUCUCUGCCGCCGGCUUAUUUGCUUCGGCAAGGGCGAAAAUCAGACUGUUAUUUUGACUUUAGGGCGCAAACGAUAGAAAAAGAUGAUGAUUCAACUA